AAAUAUUACGAUGAUAUAACAAAUAAUUUUCCAGGUGGAAUAUUUAAAUAUGUUCGUACAGUAUCAUUCUAUGAUGAACGCCCUUUUGAACAUGAAUUUUUCGUUAAAAUUGCUCAAUCAUUUCCAUUCAUGGAAGAAUUAACUGUACGUAAUCAAAAACGACAAAUUAAUAAACGACUUAGAAAUUCAAAAAAUUUAUCAAUCAUUAAAUAUCCUUAUCUUAAAGAACUUUUUAUUAUUAAUACUUGCAUGGAUUACUAUGAACAAUUCUUAUUCGAUACUAAUACGUGUUUACCAUUUGAUGUUCGUGUUUAUAUGCAGUAUGAACUAGUGAAGCAAGUAACACGUAAUUUCACAAGAAAUAGAACACGAAGUAAUUGUGCGAAAAUUAAUUACGUAAAUUUAUGUAAAGAAAUGAAAUUCCCUGAAUAUUCUGACGAGUUUUCUGCUGGAAAAGAACCAUUUCGUGAACAUAUAAAAGAAUAUUUUCCUCAUACGCAAAUAGAUUGA